CCUAAUUAGAGUGCUGUGUGAAAAAGAAAAAAACGAUUGAAUCAAUGAAAAUAUCGGGAGGGAGCAUGCUUUGUUAUUGUUAGCGCAGAAUAGAAAGCGAGGGAGAAUAGAAAGCGAGGGAGGAGAAUAGAAAGCGAGGGAGGAGAUUAGAAAGCGAGGGAGAAUCUGCAGCGAACGAAACAAACCAAAAAGAGAGUGAAGAAGGCGACCCCCAAACCCUGAGGGGGGAGGGUUUGUUGCUGUGUUCGUACUUAGAGAUGAUUGCAGAGAAACCUAGUUGGGUUAGGCAUGAGGGCACGCAAAUUUUCUCGAUUGAUGUCCAACCUGGUGGACUGAGAUUUGCUACUGGAGGAGGCGAUCACAAGGUUCGGAUAUGGAAUGUGAAAUCUGUUGGUAGGAGUUUAGAAGAUGAUGACUCAAAUCAGAGGCUUCUUGCAACUCUGCGUGAUCACUUUGGGUCAGUUAAUUGUGUAAGAUGGGCUAAGCAUGGUCGUUAUGUGGCAUCAGGGUCUGAUGAUCAAACAAUUCUUGUUCAUGAAAAGAAACCUGGGUCAGGGACCACUGAAUUUGGAAGUGGAGAGCCCCCAGAUGUCGAGAACUGGAAAGUUGCUAUGACUUUGAGGGGGCACACAGCUGAUGUGGUGGAUCUUAACUGGUCGCCUGAUGACUCGACAUUAGCAAGUGGGAGUUUAGAUAACACAGUUCACAUAUGGAAUAUGAGCAAUGGUAUUUGUACAGCCGUUUUGAGGGGUCACUCUAGCCUUGUUAAAGGAGUUGCCUGGGAUCCCAUAGGUUCUUUCAUAGCCAGUCAAUCGGAUGACAAGACAGUUAUUAUAUGGCGAACAAGUGACUGGAGCCUUGCUCACCGAACUGAUGGACAUUGGACAAAAUCUCUUGGUUCUACAUUUUUCCGGCGUCUAGGCUGGUCACCUUGUGGACAUUUCAUCACUACUACACAUGGUUUUCAGAAGCCCAGACAUUCUGCACCAGUCUUGGAGAGAGGGGAAUGGUCUGCCACGUUUGAUUUCUUAGGGCACAAUGCUCCUGUUAUUGUUGUCAAAUUUAAUCAUUCUAUGUUUCGGAGGAAUUUAACUAAUGCUAACGAGAUGAAGGCUGUUCCUGUUGGGUGGACAAAUGGAGCUUCGAAAAUUGGAGGCAAAGAAUCCCCAUCAUACAAUGUGAUUGCAAUUGGGAGUCAGGAUCGCACUAUAACUGUAUGGACGACAGCAAGUCCUCGCCCUCUUUUUGUUGCCAAACAUUUCUUUACUCAAAGUGUUGUUGAUUUAUCUUGGAGUCCUGAUGGAUAUUCACUCUUUGCAUGUUCCUUGGAUGGGUCAGUAGCAACUUUCCAUUUUGAGGUGAAAGAAAUUGGACAGAGGUUACCUGACGUAGAACUUGAUGAGAUUAAGAGAAGUCGUUAUGGUGAUGUUAGAGGUCGGCAAGUGAAUUUAGCUGAAACUCCUGCUCAGCUGAUGCUCGAAGCAGCUUCAUUAAGGCAAGUCUCAAGCAAGAAAGUUGUUUCAGAAUCUCAACUAAACCAGACCCUGUCAAAAUCUUCAAUAGAUGCAAGGGAUGCCUCCAAGACUUUGGAGGCCCAAGUUGAUGAUUCAAAGAAGAGUGGGGGAGCUGGUGGGGAUGGUUUGAAUAAGGUUUCGUCAGCUUCCCAGAAGAUUUCUAGUCCUGUGAAGCAAAGAGAAUAUAGACGACCUGAUGGAAGAAAGAGAAUUAUUCCAGAAGCAGUUGGAGGGCCUGUUCUGCAGGAAAAUAAGUCUGGUGGGAUUCAGAGUAGCAAUGCACUUGAUUUCCCAUCUAUGUCAUCUGACCAAAAAAAGGAUAAUAAUGGUGUAGCUGCCCCUGAAUGUGUAAGGGAAAGUUCCAUGAGGGGAAUGCCUAGCAAACGCACUGAUUCAAAGGAGCGUACAGGGGUCACUGCUCGAGCAACAAUCACGGAUAGUUUAGUAAUCGAGAAGGUUCCACUCUCUGCAGGUAAUGAUGCAAAUAUCGUAAUGGAUCAUUCUGGGAAUUUGAAGACGUCGAAUUCAUUGGCUACUUGUAGUUCUGUACUUUCAAUUAGGGUGUUUGAUAAGAAAGAAGGGGAAUAUAAUGAACCAAUUUGCUUGGAAGCUCGACCAAAGGAGAAUGCUGCCAAUGACAUUAUUGGGGCUGGAAACACAUCGAUGUUGAAAGAAACUGUUAUUUCUUGUACUAAAGGAUCAAGAAAUCUGUGGUCUGAUAGGGUCUCAGGGAAAGUCACUGUUUUGGCUGGAAAUGCAAAUUUCUGGGCAGUAGGGUGUGAAGAUGGAUGCCUACAGGUUUAUACCAAGUGUGGUAGACGUUCUAUGCCAACCAUGAUGAUGGGAUCUGCUGCUACAUUUAUCGAUUGUGAUGAUUCCUGGAAAUUGUUGCUGGUGACAAGGAAAGGUUCCUUGUAUGUAUGGGAUCUCUUUAACCGCAGUUGUCUCCUUCAUGACUCGUUGGCAUCACUGAUUCCUUUGAAUCCUAACUCAUCUACCAAAGAUUCUGGCACUAUUAAAGUUAUAUCUGCCAAGCUGUCAAAAUCUGGUUCUCCUCUAGUUGUUUUGGCCACUCGCCAUGCUUUUCUCUUUGAUACAAACCUUAAGUGUUGGCUGAGAGUAGCAGACGACUGUUUCCCUGCAUCAAAUUUUUCCAGCUCUUGGAACUUGGGGUCUAUUCAGAGCGGAGAGCUUGCUGCACUGCAGGUUGAUAUCAGGAAAUAUUUGGCUAGAAAGCCAGGUUGGAGCAGGGUCACCGAUGAUGGGAUGCAGACACGUGCUCACCUAGAAACUCAGAUGGCAUCCUCACUAGCAUUGAAGUCACCUAAUGAGUAUCGCCAAUGGCUUCUAUCAUACAUACGCUUUUUGGCAAGAGAAGCAGAUGAAUCUCGGCUACGUGAGGUUUGUGAGAGUUUACUAGGACCCCCAACUGGGAUGGCUGGAGAUGCAUCCGCGGAUACAAAGAAUCAAGCCUGGGAUCCUUGUGUGCUUGGAAUGAGAAAGCACAAACUUCUAAGAGAAGAUAUACUUCCUGCCAUGGCAUCAAAUAGAAAAGUCCAACGACUGCUUAACGAAUUCAUGGAUCUUCUCUCCGAGUACGAAAAUGUUGAAAACAAUGUUGAGCCAAAAGCUUCCCUCCCUGCAGCAUCAAGCCCUCUGGAACCAGAUCAUGAGCAGUCUGCUGCUCCACAUCAAGCAGAUAAAAUGGAAACUGACUCUACAGUUAUUCAUCCAAAGGAUUCCUCCAAGUUGGUAAAUUAUCAAACGAGUUUUACUCCACCUGUUGAUCCGGGCCAGCCAGUAAAGGAUCCUGUUAACCUAGCUUCAUAAGCAAAAGACUGACAUUCUUGUUGGCCCAACGGAUCAAAUCACAUUCAAAUCUGAACUCUGCAACUGGCAUUGACUAGGCUGCGUAUGUAUCACACCAUGACAUGUCCCUAUCUAUAUAUAUGCAUGAGAGAAGCUUUCCGUCUCCAUUAAUUGUCUGGGACAUUCUUUCCAUAGGACCACUUGUCUGAAGUAAUUGUUCUGGUUAAGAGUUGAUUCUUAGGAAUGGUAGCUAGAAGUAAGAUUUUUUUUUUCUUCCAUUUAACUUUUUCUGCAUUUGUACAAUGGUAAAGAAUAGCGUCCAUUUAGAUAAACUCAGAGCUACUUCUAUUACCAUAUAUGAGUAUGACGUAGAUUUUCGAGUCUAAAGAUACCCGUACUACAACAGUACAGCCAGGAGAACCUUCUAUCCUUAGAUAGCCAAGGUCUCUGCAACUGAUACAGAUUUAGGGACAAACAUUUGUAUGAUAUUUGUGUUAAAUGUAGAUUGGAGGGGCUUGUACGUUCAUAUCAAAGUUUCUAUCUAUAUAUCAAGAACCGUGCUUCUAGAA